CAGACCGCUGACAUAGGUUACAUAUGGUACCAGGUGCCUGCUUGGAAUGUGUGCAGGAUGAGCAGCACAUUUGUUACAUUAGCUGAAGUACUGGAGGCACGAGGGGGACCUCUGCUGGAGGAGGAGGUCUGGUCCCUGCUGCUGGGCACUGCAGAGUCUUUAGUGGAUGUCUCCUAUAAGGGUCAGAACAAUAUGUGUAAUAUCAUAAGCCCCACCUCCUUGCUGCUGUCAGCCACUGGUACCUUAGCGUUUAAGAACUGUGGCCUAUCAGAUGAGGUAUCCACCUUCACUGCUCCAGAGAUGCUGCAGGGCCGGGCCAGCUCAACCAAACCUGCCAUAGAGAGGAUGCUGGUGUAUUCACUGGGUAUGACUCUCUACUGGUCAGUUGAUUUUCACCUACCUCAAAAUCAGCCAGUCCAGUUGAGUGACCAUCUAAACAGCCUCCUCCUCAGCAUGUGUGAGGACCUGGCCCACCGCAGAGUAAAUCUCAUCUCCAUCCUGGAAGCCUGCGAAUCUCAGCAUAAAACAUCCAUCCUGCCACCGCCCACCAAAGUCAUCAGACAGCUGGUGGAAGAGGUUUUUCAUGAAUCAGUGAGUCAAAAUAUCCACCUACAGGAUUUUCCUGUCUGUGAGCAUUUUAGCUUCUGCUCUCAUUGUAUGGACCACGGCUCUCUGCCUGACAGUAACGUCCCUUUGAGUGGCAGGAGCCAGAUGAUCAGAGAGAGACUUCAUGGAAAGAGAGGGCCAUUUUCAGAUUACAGCGAAGGGAGUACUGAAGGGAGAAGAUACUCAACGGACUCUGACUCAAAGUCAGGGAGUUUACCUCAAAGACCUUGGAGACAAAGACCAACGAGCUCUCCUACACCGUUGUACCAAUCUUCUUUAGAUAGACUCUCUCGUGGGGUUCGUCACAGGGACAGCACCUGCAGUUGGCUUGGUAGGAGCCCCCACCACGACGUCUCUCCUAAGGCAUCAGGCAGAUCUCACAGUCCUUCCAUCACCUUCAGCGAGUCCUCACUCAGCCUGAGCCAGAGGAAAACUAAGGCUUUGGGUCCUGAGUUCGUCAGAAUGACAGAUGAACAACAAAUUGUUCUUGAUCUUCCAGGAUCCAUUGUGUCCAAAAAGGGACGCUUGUCUUCGUCUCAGAGAGAAGUGACUGUAGUGCUGCCUAACGGACAGCAUGUGGUGGUUCGCUGUGACAUUAAGUCCAAAGCAAGAGAUGUGUUUGACAUGGUGGUGGCUCACGCAAAUUUGGUGGAACACUUCUACUUUGGUCUUGCCUUCCUAGAUGAUGAUGAAUAUUUCUUUUUGGAGCAUGAAACAAAAAUCUCCAAAGUUGCACCUGACAGUUGGAAAAAAGGGCAUAUAUCCUCCUUUUUGGUGUUUCUUCGAAUCAAAUAUUUUGUUGAUGAUAUUUCCUUUAUUUUGCACAGACUUACUCGUCACCAGUACUACUUACAGCUGCGGAAGGACAUCUUGGAAGACAGGCUUUACUGUAAUGAGGAGACAGGCUUGUUUCUGGUUGCUCUUGCUCUGCAGGCUGAGUUUGGAGAUUACAUGCCAGAGUUGUAUGGUAAGAAUUACUACCAGCCAGAGCAUUAUGUGUCCAAGAGGAUGCUGGAGAAGCUGGCCCUGCCCACUGUUAAGGAAGAGCUGCCAAGACUACAUGCAAGUCAUGCCCAGAUGCUCCCUGAAGAGGCAGAAACAGAGUAUCUAAAGAUUGCCCAACAGUUACCGGAGUAUGGUGUUAUGUUCCACCGUGUGGGGAGAGAGAAAAGACCAGUGGUGGGAGAGUUGGUUUUGGGAGUCUGUGCCAAAGGAAUCAUUGUGUACGAGAUGAAGAACCACCUCCGGACUGUCACCAGACGCUUCCUCUGGAGGGAAACCGACUCCAUAUCAACUGGGCGGCGUAAACUGAUUAUAGAGUGUGGUGGGCCCAGCGGGAAAAAGCACAGUUUUGUAACUGAAAGCUCAAAAAUAGCACAGUACCUCCUGAACCUCUGCUCAGCACAGCACAAGUUUCAUAGUGAGAUGACAUCACGACAACUUAACCACACCAUGAUACCAGAUGAAAACAUGCAUAAGUACAUGUCUGUCUACCAGGCUCGUAACUUGAACCUGAAGCGGAUGUCCUUCUCAGAAGGCAUGUUGAACUAUGUUGGUGUGACACCUGGUCAACCAGACUCCAUGUCAAAGUCUUGUGAAGACCUGACUGCCAAGCUGGAGGCGCGGCUGCGCCAGCAGAGAGAGAUGAGGAGGGAGAUGAGCAGAGAGCUGAACAAGGAGCUCCCUGAUACAGGGGACCUCAGGGACAUGAAAGAGCGACAGUGUUGGAGCACUCCAGAGCCGAUUCCCAGAAUGAUGUCCUGUGUCUCAUUACAGAAGCGGGACUCUGACGCCUCUUCCUCCACACGAUUUGAUACACCAACCAGGACCCCCCCUGAGAGAGAGAUAGUCUGUGUGAACCUGAAAAAAGAUCCCAAACUGGGGUUUGGCUUUGUGAUUGUGGGUGAGGACAAUACAGGUAAACUUGACCUUGGGAUCUUCAUUGCUUCCAUCGUGCCUGACGGGCCUGCUGACAAAGAUGGACGAAUCAAACCCGGUGGACGUCUGAUCUCUUUAAAUAAGACUAGUCUGGAAGGAGUGACAUUCAGUGACGCUGCUACCAUCUUACAGAGCAGCCCUGAAGAGGUGGAGCUCAUUGUGUCCCAGCCUAAACAGUGUCUGAAGGACUGUAAGACUUCCUUCAAUCAAAGUACUCUGGCUUUGGCGUUGGAGAGGGGCUUUGGGUCACAGACCACACUGAGUGGCACAGAGUACCGCCCCGCUGUGGAAGAACUGGAGGAGGCCAUCACUCUGUCCAGCAUGGCAACCCCAAAACAGAACAGGCGGCUUCACAUUCCUGUUGUGCGAAUACAUGAUGCCAAGGAUAUGUGUUCCAGAUCCCCCUCUAUCUUAAGUUUAAAAACUGGGGAGCAGUUUACAGUGGAGCUGAAGAAAAGCAGUGGUAGUCUUGGCAUGAGUGUUGCUGGAGGAAUAAACACCAACGUGAGAUUUGGAGGCAUCUACAUCAAGAGUCUGGUGCCUGGAGGUGCUACAGAGCAGGACGGGCGCAUUCAGAUCGGUGACAGACUGCUGGAGGUUGAUGGGUACAACCUAAGGGGCGUGACUCACCAUCAAGCUGUCGAGUGCCUGAAGAGGACCGGGGAGGUGGUGACCCUGCUGUUGGAAAGGGAACCCGCAGUAAUAUUGGAGCCCAGACCUGACUCACCCUGCCCCCCUUUGGCCCACAGUCCAUCGUAUACACAGCCCCCCAGGACUGAAGUCUCCAUGGAAACAACCUUGAGUGGUCGCACCAAGGACUAUAGCUUUGUGACUGAUGAAAACACGCAUGAAGUGGUACUGAAGAAGAGUUUGUCCGGACUCGGCUUCAGCUUUAACAUCUCGCAGCUGCACUCGGGGCCAGAACGUGGCAGCGUGGUCCGCAUCAAACGUCUGUUCCCAGGUCAGCCAGCGCUAGAGAGUGGCCUGCUACGAGAGGGAGAUAUCAUUCUGUCUGUCAACAAAGAGCCUGUCAAGGACCUCUCAUACCAGAGGGUUUUGUUCCUGCUACGUGGAGCACCAUCUGAAGUUCAUCUGCUGAUCUGCCGACCAGGUCCUGGAGUACUACGUGAUGUAGAUGACAACACACUGAGUCCUGCACUCUUCCGUGAGGUUCGAUCUCGGUCUCUGGACAUACGACUAGGAGAGGACUACACGCAGCUCCUUAAGUUUCAAUAUGAUGACAAAGUGUUUGCCCAGAAGCAAGCCCCCAACCAGGAAGAAGAUCUGACCAACACAGCUGAGAAAAGCCCAGAACCUCCUGCAGCUCCAGCACUCCCGGAGACCCAGACGAGUCUGGAUGGUGAAGUGCAGGCCAACCAGACUCUCCCAUCUCCUCCUCGCUUGCCCCCGUCACCCACCUCACCUACAUCACCUCCAUCACCAGUCUCACCAGCCACACCUGCCUCCCCAGCAUCCCCUGCCACACCUGUCUCUGGCUCUCCAGCUCCACCAGAGUCACAACGAACUGGGGAACCAGAGGAACAAUGGGAGGUAGAAGCAAAGGAGAAGAAAAAGGACGGAGAAGAGGAUGUUCCAACAACAGCGAGCUCACCUGUGAUGUUUAUGGACGUCUGUCCUAAGACUGCUUCAAACUAUGGAUAUGCCAGGGGAGUCAGAGAGGAGGCAGAUGGAAGUGUGACCUACUGCCUGAUGGGAAACGGAUUGACUAUCAUGGCAGAUGAAGAGUACUUGACCAUCAGCUCCACACUGGAGCCUCAUCACAGCCUUCCCUCCAGUCCGGCCACUCACACUCCAACAACCAACCUCACAGCUCUUCGCUCUCCGACUUCCACCAUUUCGCCCCUCAGCCUCUCGUCUGACAUCCCGACCACUUGCUCCCUGGCCCACCCAUCUCAGCCACUCACAACGCAGCCACCGAAAGUCAAGUACCACCCAAUCCAGCAGGGGUUUCUUCCAAAUCACUACAAAGCCAUCUCCAAGAACAGUAGGCCUAUGGUGCCUCCACCCCAACCUCCUGCUCCUCUGUUGACCCCCAUCACAGCCCAGGUCACCUCCUGUGUGCCUCCCUGUGCCAGUCCACCUGCACCGACGCUGCCAACCACAGUGCUGCUCCCUCACACCCAAAGCCACACACAGCUGAGGGAAGAGCCAGAGAUUAAAGAAAGGGAAUACAAUGAUGAUUAUGAUGAAGAGGAUGAGAAGGAGGAGGAAGAGAGUCGAAGAAAGGGAUUGGUUAAAGAGUUUGAGCUGACGGUGAUUCUGACCAAGUCCAGGAGUGGAAGCUUUGGGUUCACCAUCACUCGAAGCAAGCUGGACAACUGCUACUACAUACAGGAAAUACUGGACAACCCAGCCAAGUCCGAUGGACGACUCAGGGCAGGAGACAGGCUCAUCACAGUAAAUGGGCAUGAUGUGACCAGUGUGGCAGAUGAUGUAGCCAUGACUAUUCUCAGGUCAUCUCCGAGAAGACUGAGUAUGACCCUGGGGAGGGCAGUUAGCAACUUGGUGGCCCCUCCUUCCUGUGACAGCCUGCCUGAUAUAGUUCUGUACAAGACACCUUCGGGACAGCUGGGCAUAAAGCUGACAGGAGGCAUUGGCAGCAAGUGGCAGGGCAUCUACUGUCUGGAGGUAGUACCAGGCUCCCCAGCCAGCGAGGAGGGCACCGUCCAACCCAACGAUAAGAUCAUCUACAUCUGCGGCAGGUGCACCCUGGGAAUGACCCUGGAGGAUGCGGUCAAAGCCUGUGAGAUCGCCCCUCGUAAAGUUAAACUUAAAAUCAUCAGAGAAGACCAGCCAGUGAACCCCAAGGCUAAAUGGAAUGGACUGUUUGACUGGAAAACAAAGGACAGGAAGUUCUUUACUCGUUUUGAAGAGCCUGUCUCUCCAGACAAAGACUCUCCUACCGAAGAUGUUGAAGCUGUGUGUAGGACUGCUGGAAAUUUCCGAUGUCGCUCUCUCACCCAAGAACAAGAUAGUUGUAUCAUGCAAGUGGAUUUCACAAAACCAGAAGGAGGAGGCCUUGGCUUUGCUUUGGUUGGGGGAACAAAUGGCAGCAUGCUCAGAGUGAAGGAAAUCUGCUCUGGUGGCGUAGCUGAGCAGGAUGGCCGGCUGAGAGUGGGAGAUAUUCUAUUAGAGGUGAACGGUGUUAUUGUGUCCGGGCUGAGCUACAGUAAGGUGGUGGACAUCCUUCGUAAAGCUGAGGGCAGUGUACAGCUCACUAUCUGCAGAGACGUCCUGCCCCUGACCUACUCCGAGUCACCUACACCGCCCAACAUGUCCGCUCAGACUGAAGCUAUUUUAGCUGAGCAGCCAGCUCCUGUGUCCAGUCCUGAUACCUGUUCCUCUCCUGACGUCAUGCUGAAUAAGCCAGUGGAGCACCCCCCUGAGCCAACUUCUGAUCCUGUGGUGAGUGAAGGUGUGUUCCUUACCUCACCACCUCCUCCACCACGCAGACUGACCAUUAUAACGGAGGAAACUUCAAUUAAACAGGAGAGCUGUAACAGCACCCCAUCUCAUCAAGCUUGCUGCCCAUCUCUCAAUGUCACUGACAUGUUGCAUGGAGCUUCUGACAGGAAACAAAUUGUGACCAAACUGUUGGACCAGUCCUGCAAAGACAUCCAGAAAACCCAGUCAGACGGCUGGAGCAGCGAAGAAGAAGAUGAUGAUGUAUUUGACUCCACCGGUCGGGAAACGACCUCACCCCAAACAGGCCCACCCAUAUUAUCAGAGGAGGAACUGGCCAGUUUAGCCCUCAUUAGCCCCACCAAGACCAGCCAGUAUUCAGGCUGCAGGGUCAAAGCUCUCAUUCAGAUUCUGCAGCAUCAACUGGAUCAGCAGGAACUGGUCAAAGAGUUUAUGGCUCUGGAGCACCUGAAGCCCUCUGACAACUGUCUGGUGGGAAAAGCCCCCGAGAACAGAGAUAAGAACCGCUAUAGAGACAUCCUACCCUAUGACGAAACCCGUGUUCCCAUUGGAGACAACCAGGACUACAUUAAUGCCAGCUACAUCCACAUGCAAGUUGGAGAUGAAGAGUUCUUCUACAUCUCCUGCCAGGGCCCUCUGCCGACCACAGUGUCGGCCUUCUGGCAGAUGAUCUGGGAAAACAAAUCUGAUGUCAUUGCCAUGAUGACCCAGGAAGUGGAACGGGGAAGGAUCAAGUGUCACAAGUACUGGCCAGAGAACCUGGGCGUGCCUCUGGACACCAGCAGGUACCAGCUUUACCUGGAGAAUCAACAGUACCUGGAGUACUUCCACAUCAAGAUCAUCCGCAUGGUGGAGAGAGAGACUGGUGAGACCCAUUUUGUCCGUCACCUCAAGUUCACACAUUGGCCUGACCACGGUGUGCCACACAGCUCUGAGCAGCUGAUUCGCUUCAUCCGCUACAUGAGGGCCAUGCACCACAUGGGACCAGUCACAGUGCACUGCAGCGCCGGCAUCGGACGCACAGGAGUUCUCAUCUGCACAGACAUUCUCCUCAGCCUCAUUGAGAAUGAUUUGCCUAUAAAUGUGAGCGACAUCGUAAAAGAGAUGAGGCUUCAGCGGCAUGGGAUGAUUCAAACCAAGGAACAGUAUCUCUUCUGCUACAAAGUUUGGUUAGAGGUUUUACAGGGAAUUUUACAGCUUAACAGCAACCAAUGGCAACCGGAAAGUCCUCAGGACCACAAAGUAGUUUGAAUGUUUCCACCUUCAGUUCAUCUACCUGUAAAGCACAGACUGUGUUUGAGUAACCACAUGCAUCUAUCACAGCAUAGACUGGUGAAACCUUUUUAUUUGGCUGUAGUUAGUUUAGUUAGCUAGAAUAUGAAACCUGUACUUUCUUUUCUUUCUGUUUUGAUACUUUGUGUUGAGGUCUAUUGUUUAGUGACAGUGACUUCAAUUCUGGUUUAUUUGUUCUUGUAUGUGCUUUUGGUGCUGUGAUUAUGUCAAUUUAAUUUAGAUCACUGAGGUCAUUUGCCUUUUCAGGCUUAGUGAUUUGCCUUCUGUCUCUAGCAUCUUUUUUUGUCACUAUUUGAAUGUAUCUCAUUUAUUUUUCUCCAUGUCAUUUAAAUUGCAAACUGCAAUCAUUUUUCAUAUUGCAUGGAAUUCAAAAUAUGGUAAUAUUCAUAUCUCUUGUCUGGCAGUCACUAAUGUCAUCAAAGUGCACAAGUGCACAGUAAGAUUAUCAUACCAAAGGGAGUAUCUGUUUGUGACCUUGAUGAGUAGCAUUUGAUUAAGCAUUGUGUUCAUCAUUUCAUUAAGUGCAUUUGUACCCUGGAGAAAAGGGCAUUAGCAAAAGAACACUAUUGAUUUUUCAGUUCAUCAUCUAAAGAAAUGAAAAGAAUCAAGUGCCUUGGAAUGACUCACACCGCUUGCUCCACAUUGACCCCGAGCCACUUGUCACAAGUGGUCUGGGAUAAAGAGCAAGAAACUGAUUUGAGAGCACCUGGUGGUGGUUAGAUUGAAUGUGCAGCUUUCAGUCUGUUUGUUGUCUGAGGUGGAUGUUUGGUUGAUCCAAACCAGAGGAGGAUUACAUCUCACCUUUUUAGUUCAUUAACUUGUAGCUUAGAAACAAUGUGAAGAUUGCACAUCGCCUGUCAUUCUUUUUUUGUUUGUUGGCCCGUUUUAUACAAAACACUGUCACAAUGAAAGUCUUACACAUAUUCAAAACUUGCACACCCUAAUACAGAUAAUGAAUGAUUCAACAUAACAAACAUUUGGAUAAAUUCUCAAAUUUCUCUUUUCACUAAAAUUUGGAUGAGGUAUGAACACUAAAUAUUCAGAUUAUUUUGUGAAAUGUACAAAAUUGAUUUAAAUGUCAAUAAAAUUAUUAGUUUAGGCUUUUAGGUGUAAUUUGUUAUGUAGCAACAUCCUUUGUCUGUAUUCAAUAGCUAUUUUAAUACAGACUCAGCCAAAAAUGCAAAAAAUAUUAUGAGGUUUACAAACUUUCCAUUUUGCCACUUUAAAUGUAUAUGACAUAUAAAAAAUACAGAACUACAUCUCAGAGUCACAGAUCAAAGAGGAUUUAUAGCUGCUGGUUUGAACCUCAACCUUUGGAUGUAACUGCUUGUAAGCUUUGUUCUUUAGGCUGCUAUCACACACACACACACCAGCUCUCUUAUUGCAUGCAGACUCUUAGAGUGCAGAAGUCUGAGCCUGGAGUUUGACGCAAUGACUUGAACAUGAUCAAAAUGUGGAAUGUAACAAAGCAAUACUCUCCACGAGGAGGGGAGAGCAGAAUGUCAUCCUCUUUCCUGAUAGAUCCUCCAAACUAUGUGGAGCAUGUUGGUAAGACAUAUGCAGUACUGUACAUGUGAAUGUGAAUGACUAUGCAGAGCCAUCAGACUCUGCACUGUGUAUGCAACAUCCAUUCCAUCAAUGCUGGUCAGUUGGUUUCCAGCGAUGGAUAACCCUCUGUUGUGUGCAAAUUCAUCUCUUUGAGAUCCCGUUGAUAUGUUUUCUCCCUCAGAUCUAGGAAAACGAUUAUUCUUGAAAGAGCAAACAAAAGCACAUUUUGCAUUCAUCUGUGAAAAUGCAUCUUGUACAGUCAAGCAAGUGCUUAUGCAAUGGCAUUGUGAAAUGAAAUAACCCUUAAUUGCACAACUGCUUAUUUAUGCUAAAUUAAUAUCUUCACUGCACUGUACAAGCCACUAUGUAACCAAUAACUGAGAACAAUGUAAUACCUCUCUUUAAUUAAAAACUAUUCUGAAACUU